ACCAAGACUUAGACAACAACAAAAACCAUUGACAUUUUUCUUCUUGUUCUUCUUCAUCAUCAUCUUGUUCAUCGCUCAAAGGCAAGAAAGAGAAAAAAACAGGAAACAUGAUCAAUCUCCUCCAGUCUCUAAAAAGAUCGCUGGCUUAUGCAGUCUUAUGGAUGCUCUUUAUGAUUCUGGAUUGUGUUUUGUCAGUUAAUGAGCGUCACAAACACUGCGCUCCAACGUUUAGCUGUGGACAUAAGAUAGAUCUGUAUUAUCCCUUUUGGACAUCUGACAGAGAAGAGUGCGGCCACCCGGAUUUCAAAGUCAACUGCAGCGACGGUUUUGCAGAGCUUACCAUUUCCUCAGUAAAGUUGAGAAUCCUUGAGAUGAAUUCUAAGUCUAGAAUCAUCAGACUUGCCAGAAUGGAUUACAUCAACGAUCUUUGUCCCCAUAAGCCUGAGAACGCAACACUCAACAAUCAAGUCCUUCCAUUUUCUGAAGACACCGAGCUCCUAACGUUUUACUACCGAUGUCGUCUUAGCCCAAAAGUGGAUUUUACUAACAGCGGCCACAUCAGACAGCUCCACUGUGGGGAUGAUACUGGUAGACCAAGUUUUUCUGUCUCGUCCCAUUUAUAUUCUCGGAAAAGGGAAAUCAUCAAUGAGUUAAGGGAAUCAUGUGGAAGCAUCGUCAAUGUUCCUGUCUCUCGAUCUGCCUUGAGGAUAGAAGAGAGAAAUCAGAGUGCGGAGGCUAUAACGAAGGCUCUUGAAAAGGGUUUCGAGCUUAGCUUUAACAGAGAUUGUUCGCGAUGCAGAAGAUCAAAGGGAGCUUGUGGAUAUAAUAACACCUUGGGAGGAUUCGUCUGCUAUUGUAUAAAUGAGCCUCAUAAGCAUACCUGUGAAAAGAAUGGUCUAUCCAAACCAGCAAAAAUAGGCAUUGGAUUCGUUUGUGGUUUCUUGGGUGCCACUCUUUUAGCAGCAUGUUUGCUCUGUUUCUACAUCCGGAGAAGGAAGAAACUGGCAGCACAAUACACAAACAAAGGUCUUUCAGCUACUCCUCCCACAUCAAUCUACAGAAGCAACCAUGCUCUCAUGCCAUCUAUCUCUAACCUAGCAAACAGAAGUGUCGAUUAUGGAGUUCAAGUCUUCAGCUACGAAGAACUCGAGGAAGCCACUGAUCAUUUCUCUAGAGAGCUCGGAGAUGGAGGAUUCAGUACUGUCUACUACGGCAUACUAAAGGAUGGACGUGCCGUAGCUGUAAAACGCUUCUUUGAGAAGUCCCUGAAACGUGUGGAGCAGUUCAAGAACGAGAUCGAUAUCUUGAAAUCCUUAAAACACCCGAACCUAGUGAUUCUAUACGGAUGCACAACGAGACAUAGCAGAGAGCUACUCUUAGUGUAUGAAUACAUCUCUAAUGGCACACUCGCUGAUAAUCUCCAUGGAGACCAAGCACAGUCUCGUCCUAUUGACUGGCCUGGUCGGCUCAACAUCGCCAUUCAAACCGGCAGUGCAUUGUCCUUCCUCCAUGCCUCAGGAAUUAUACACAGAGAUGUUAAGACUACGAACAUUCUUCUAGAUAGCAACUACCAAGUCAAAGUGGCUGACUUCGGUCUCUCGCGGUUGUUUCCGCCGGAUCUAUCUCAUAUCUCUACUGGGCCGCAAGGAACUCCGGGGUACGUUGAUCCUGAGUAUUAUCAAUGUUAUCGUCUCAACGAGAAGAGCGAUGUGUACAGCUUCGGAGUCGUACUCUCGGAGCUGAUCUCAUCCAAAAAAGCAGUUGAUAUCACCAGAAGUCGCGAGGACAUCAACCUCGCGAACAUGGCUAUCUCCAAAAUAGGAAAUGACUCCGUUCAGGAGCUGGCGGAUUUGUCUCUCGGAUUCGCGAGGGAUCCUUCAGUUAAUAGGAUGAUGAUUUCGGUUGCUGAGCUGGCGUUCCGCUGUUUGCAACAGGAGAGGGAGGCAAGGCCGUCCAUGGAUGAGGUCGUUAAGGUUCUGAGAGAGAUUCAGAAGGAAGGUGAAAGUGAUGCUCCUGAUGUGGUGGAGGUAGAAGUGAGGAGCGGAGAUGAAGCUGCGUUGUUAAAGCACGGUGUUCCUCCGGUGUUAUCGCCAGUGUCUGAGAAAGAGACGAGUGGUUCAAAUACGACGACGACGACGACGAGUAGUUCUAGUAGGACGAGGAAGAGUUCGUUCUGAGAGGAGAGACUCUGGACCAAAGCGAGGGUUUGGUGUCAGUACAUGGAUAAAUCAUUUGCGAAUUUCACCUUUUUGUCAAUUACUAUUCGUUAAUUGUUUUACUAACUAACAUUUUGAUGAGAAAUGAUCACUUGUUUAAUCAAUUGAUCUUCUUAA